CAAUUUAUGGAUGCUUUCAGGUUCUCACAUCAAUCGGAAACUUCUGCAUUUGCUCCAUUGCCAUUGGGAUGACCAUCGAGUUAAUUGUGAUGGCGGCUGUUCAACACAGACCGUACCGCCAGACAGUUGAUAACCUUCUGGUGCUUCUCAUUGGAGGGAUUCCAAUUGCGAUGCCCAUGGUUCUGUCUGUAACUAUGGCUAUUGGAUCACAUAAGCUUGCACAACAGGGUGCUAUUACCAAGAGAAUGACUGCAAUUGAAGAGAUGGCCGGAAUGGACGUGCUUUGCAGUGACAAAACAGGAACAUUGACACUCAACAAACUGACUGUAGACAACAAUAUAAUUGAGGUUUUUACUAGAGGUUACGAAAAGAGUGAUGUCGUGUUGAUGGCCGCAAGGGCCUCAAGACUGGAGAAUCAGGAUGCUAUUGAUUGCGCUAUUGUUGCCAUGCUUCCAGACCCAAAAGAGGCGAAGGCACUGCAGAUCCCCGCCGAGCAGGCCGCGCUGGUGCUCGGGGUGCUCGCCGCCGUGCUCCCCGGCGACGACGACGAACCCGCAACGGAAGGAGCUGGCGCCUCCCCGCCCCCAUCUAGCCACUCCGUCCAGAUCCUCCUGUACCCGCAGCAGAUAGAGAGAGGGAUGAUGUGA